CCCUCAUCCCCGCUCAGACCUGCCAUGGCGCGGCCUGAGGCCGGUUAUGAGGCGGCGGUGCGCCCCCGCCCCGCCUGCACCUACACCAGCUGCUACUGUGAAGAAAAUGUUUGGAAGCUUUGUGACUACAUCAGGAGUCAGGAUCGGCACCCUUUAGAAGAAUUUUAUGCUGUUUUCAUAUCCAAUGAUAGGAAGAUGAUUCCACUCUGGAAGCAGAAAUCUGGACAUGGAGAUGAGCCUGUUGUCUGGGACUACCAUGUUAUUCUACUUCAUGUUACCAGUGGGGAGCAGAACUUCAUUUAUGACCUUGACACAGUGUUGCCGUUUCCAUGUCCUUUUGAUGUGUACAGUGUGGAGGCCUUUAGGUUGGAUGACAGCCUUCGUCCAGAGUUUCACAGAAAAAUCAGAAUGAUUCGAGCAGAUUUGUACUUGAAGACAUUUGCUUCAGACAGAUCUCAUAUGAAGGAUGCAGAUGGGAAAUGGCAGAAACCUCCUCCUCCAUACCCUUGCAUUGAAACUGCAGAUCUUCAUGAACUGCUCCAGUGUGGCUCCCUUUCCACAGGGUGCAGUCCUUCAGGAACAAGCUGCUCCUGUAUGGAUCCCCUAUGGGGUCACAAGUCCUGCCACCAAACCUGCUCCAGCGUGACUCUUCUCUCCAUAGGUCUGCAGGUCCCUGCCAGCAGCCUGCUCCAGCAUGGGCUUCCCAUGGGGAUCACAGCCUCCUUUCAGGCAUACAUCUGCUCCAGCCUGAGCCUCCUCCAUGGGCUGCAGGGGCACAGCUGUCUCACCAUGCUUUGGUGCCUUGAGCACCUCCUGCCCCUCAUUCUUCACUGACCUUGGUGUCUGCAGAGUUGUUUCUUCCACAUAUUCUUACUCCUCUCUGGCCACAAUUAUUUCUGUGCAAUAGAUUUUUUUAAUUUCUUAAAGGAAGAGGUACUACAACAAUCACUGAUGGCUCAGCCUUUGCCAGAGGUGGGUCCAUCCUGGAGCUGGCUGGUACUGGCUCUGUUGUGCAGGAGGAAGCUUCCCACCCCUGCUACCAAAACAUUUUGGAAUUUAAUUGUGAAAUCUUGAUCAUGAACAAAUUAAGCAUUUUUUUCUCCUACUGGUAACUCAAAGGGAAUAAAUCUUAAACAGUAUUUGUCCUGUUCACAGGGCUGCAAAAUAAAUCAUCAAAAAUAAGCUUACAUGGAGUCAUAAAUUCCAGUCUAUGCCUAAAAAAAAUUAAGUUGGCACAAGGUGAUUUUUAAAAAACAUUUCUCUAAAAUGCAAACAACUCCAACCAAUAAAACAACAAUAAAAAAAACAGCUCUCAGACUCCUCAGUAUCUCCUCAGAACUCACAUGCUAAGCAUUAGCCUCUUGGAACUGGCUCUGCUCUAGCUGUUUUUUAGAGUUAGGCCUCUGUGUUUUUUAACUGGCAUUGCUCUGGCCUCUAUUCUGCUCUCCUGCUAUGGAUGGCAGGAGAGGCUGGCUGACCUAACUGGCUACACAGUGCUUUCCCACCCUACCCUGUCCUCAAAGCUGCUCUGCUGGAAUAAACAUAUGUGAGCUGCAACACAUUCCCCUGAUCCCGCCUGGUUGCCAGUUACCUCCUAUUGAAAGAAAACAGGGUAUUUUGUUCAAAUAAUAAAAACUAAGAAAAUGAGAUUUGGUGAACAAAUUCAUUAUUCUAGAGCUGGUGAGCCCAACCUUGGGUUUUCUUUAAAAUCUUCUUUCCACGAAGUAAUGAGGGCUGAUUCUGUUUAAUUGAUGACUUGGGAUGAGAUCAGCCCUCCUUACUGCAAGCCUGUGUAAAAUACAGCUUGCACAGUGCAUUUCAAAAUCACUCCGAACAGAUGGUCAUAUGGCUUAUGUACAAGUGUUAUUAGCAGCUCUAACACUGAAAAGCACUGCUUUGAAUUCCACUUCUCCCAAGGUGUUUGGUGCACACUUACUGGAUUGAUUUGUAAAAGCUUUAUGUCUUUUUAUUAUUAAUAAAAUCCCUGUUAGUCAAUAAUGAUGGGGUUUUACUUGGGUUGUUUUUUUUUUUUUUAUUUUGAAGACAAUGAGUAGGACAGCUGAGAAAUUCUGGAGACACUGUGUAUCAAACAUGUAUGUAACAGGAAAUGUGUUAGACAGAGGCCUGACAGAUGUCUGCAGUUGCUUUUUGUAUCUCCUCUCUGAAGCGGUGGCAGGAUCCCAGUGAAAGUGAAAAGGCACUGAUAAGGAUACAAGUAGCUACUAUGCACUCCAUGGGAACCUUCUGCUGCUCUCAUUUGAGAAUAAAACUCCAGUCUUUCAAGUUAGGUCCUUAGUUCAUAAGCUUUUGUGGAAGUAAUGAAUCAAGUCCGAUAGCUGCAAUAAAGACACAACUAAGUAUUUAAAUUCCCAGUGGCUUGUUGAAAUUACACCACUUCCUGUAAAAGAUAAUUUGCAGUGGUGAGCUGUGUUUAGCAUUGAAAUCAACCGGGGUGGUUUGCACAGUCAGUUAUAUUUUAGCUGUGGAGACAGCAGCCCCCCAUCUGAGAGUGGGAAGAGUCCUUCUGACUUAUCUCCCUGCUCAGACAAGGGAGGAGGAUCUGAAGAGAACUGUAAACACCUACACAAGUCUGAAGGGUCACAACUUUCUUUUAGGUGCCCCCAAGAUUUUAGGCAUCAGCAGAACUGAUCUUGGAGGCUUUGUUCCAGACUUCCUUGCUUCCAGCAGACCUUGGGCAGCUGUCAUUACACCGAGUUAGUCCAAGGUCUGUGAGCCAAGCCGAGGCUUGGCUUAAACACUGCUUUCUAACUACUGUUGGCUGAAGCCACAAGUGUCAUGGCUAACAAUGCCUGAGAUAGUGCAUGGCCUUUUAUUUCAUCCCUGCUUGGGGUAAAAGUGGCAGACUUGAUUUAAACAAAAAUAAAGUUAUGCAGGAAUCUCAGAAUGGGCCAGAUAGGUCUCAUUUGGGGGAGAGGGGGUGUGUAAUAAAGUGUGUUUGGUCGAAGAGGAAGUUGAGCUCUAAGCAUGCACAAAUGCAAGCUAGUAUAACAGUCACAGUGCCUGAGGAGGA